CCACCGUCCGUUACCGGCCCCGCCGGACCCCGCACCAAUGGCCGAUACCCCGCCACAGCCCGCCCCGGAGCCCGCCGAGAUGGCUUACUGCGGCCCCACUUCCCUCACGUACCUGCCCGUCCUCCAGUGGCUAGCUGAUAAUUUCUACUUGUGUGGAGGAUGCACUGUACCCUGUCGGCUACUACAUGAACUGUAUAUUGAAACCUGCAAUCCAGAUUUCAAGAUUCAAGUACAUCCAUCCACCUUUGGAAAGCUUAUUCAGUUAGUUUUCCCAGGUCUGGUGACAAGAAAGCGGACCACAGCAGGGAGUAUCAGAUAUCAUUAUGAUGGAAUAGCUAUCAAGAAGAACUCUUCCUUUUAUGCACGUUUUUGCUGUCUUCUGUAUGAACAAAAUUAUCUCAGGAACUGCUCGCCAGGGGAAAUGAGCAUCUCUGAAGUACAGCCAAGCACCUCUGCAGGCACCAGUAAUAAUUCCUGGAGUUCUGAAAAUGCAGAUGAUUACAAGAAGAAUAGACAAAAAAAAGGAACAAGUAAGAAUUUGGAGUAUUAUCCAUCUGUCAUUUAUCUAAAGGCUGAGAAAGAGACAUUUCAAUACCUUUUUCCUGAAUUCAACCAGUUCUUCCUUGGAGAGCAAGUGCAAAGUGAGACAGACCCCUACGAAAUGAUUGCACUGCUUGCCAAUGACUACUACAACUAUUGUCAAGUUAUUUUACAAAUGGUGAGAGAGAACAAGCUUGACAAGGUAGAAGACUGUAUCAUGUCGUUCUGGAGGUCUCUGCAGCCCGAAAGAAUAGAACUGAUGUGCUUGCCAGAUGUGUGCCAGCUGUUAAAAAGCUAUGAUAGGUAUCUAUUCAAGGAACUGGAGAACAUCCUACUUCCUGAUUUCCUGGAGGAGGUGCCUGCACAACACAUCGACUCAAUCAGAUUGUUCAGUGAAAAUGUUAAAUGUUGGAUGCUUAAUCCUUUGGGAGGAUUUCCACUAAUGCUCCAAACAUCCAAAUCUAAUGAAGUUAAAGAGUUUGUAAAAAGACUCAGGAGACAGACAGACCUUUGUAACAUGGCCAAGACAGUCAGAGCACUCUUGAACAACAACAGCACAGUCACUGUUCUGCGAUCAGGCUUGCAUGCUGUCUUUAAUGAGCAAUCUCUGGAUGUCACUAAAAACCUCUUUCGAGAGAAGUUUAGGAAUCCAAAGAAGCGGCAGAAAAAUAUACAAUUCAAAUGUUUGAAAAACUUAAUUUCUUCGCUGACAUCUUCCACAGAUAUUCGAGAUCUCCUGAGUUGUUUCUCUUCAGAUCUUCAGACUUUUGUCAUUAAGCCAAGCAGGAGUAAAGAGACAUUUAAAAAGCAGGCAUCAGAUUUUAUGUUGAAAUGGAACCUCCUACUGAGCACUGUAGGCAAGAUUCUGACCAUCAACAGAACAGACAGUUUUGGAUCCUGGCUUUUGUUGAAUUUGCUACUCGUUGAUUUUGCGGCUCACAUUUUCCAGACCUAUAUAGAGGAGGAGAAAGAAGAUGGAAAUUCCUUGGUUGCAAAGCAAAAUGAGGUCCCUGUUCUGUGUGUUUAUGAGCCCAGCCAUCUCUCAGCCUGUUUUGCAGAGGAUCAGCCUCAAGCCAAUGCUCCACAGACAGCUCUCGUGAUGCAGAACCAGAAUAAUUUUGGAUUAAGCAAUAUUUUCCAGAGUUCUGAGUUGUUUGGUGAACACAGCCACUGUCAGCAAGGUGAAAUUAACAUUAACUUAAAAGAAAACUAUGACAAAAACCCAGUUAUAAAUUGGGUAGAUUAGGAGAGACUGGGAGGGCUGUGUUUGGUUGGGGGUUUUUAUGCGUGUAAAGUACAACUAAUGAAAUCCAGGUUUUCAUGGAGCUGUGUCCGACGUCACUGAAAACUGUAGUCAUAAAGCAUCCUUCACACCUCACACCCAUCCCACAAUCCUAUCAAGGGAUUGUAAUCUCCACACCACCCACCUCUUCAGUACCGCAGUUCCCUGAUCUUUCCUUAGGUUUCCAGCAGACCUCUGGUAUUCCAUCAGAUUCCCUAGGCGUUGCCUAAGGAAGAGCAGUACUUUUCAGGCAGGCUGGGAGCAGGCUGUGGGCUAGCUGACAAAAUGGGCUGCAUGUAUGUAUGGAUCAGAAGAGAGAGGGCACAGUGUGGUCUUUUCUCACUGUUGGAAGCAACGAGAGCGCAUUGUCUGCUCUCCAGUUAUCUGUUAAUUUUAUCAAAAGAUGCAGAAAAAUUAAAUCCUUGAGACCUUUCUCUCCACCAGACUUCCUUGCAGUCAGUCCUCUGCUCCAAACUUACUAGCAUAAUGUAAGGCAUACAGGUAGAAAACAAGACAGACUUUGAGUCUUCUAGGAUACAAGGUUAAAAUAUAGGGACAUACGGGAACAUGGAUCAAGUCUCUGUGCUUAAUGCAAGUGAUGAAUUAGACAUUCAGCUGUUUUCAGAUUUGUCUUCCAUGCAGUAACAUGGAAGAGAAAUUAAAUUUAGGACACUAUCUUAAAUCUCAGAGAACACUGUGUUUUCCAGAAAACUGUGAAGGACAAAUGUUAACGGCACCAAGACGCACAAAGAAAAUUACAUUUUUGGGGCUACCCUGCUAUAGUUAUUUUAAUCCCAAGAGGUAUUCAGUUUCCAUAUACUAGGACCAGGAGUGGAAACUGACUGUUUUAAAAACAUCUUUAUUAGUUUUAACAACCCUUAGGGGACCCUAAUUUCUUAAACAUAGGAUAUGCUAAGACUAGCUCAGCAAUGAAAGUUGGAGGGGAGAAAGCAGGUAUGAAGGGGACAAACUAAGAAUGAUUUAUACAUGUGAUGGGCAUGUUUGACAGAUUUUUUUGUUUUUCAAAUAUAAAAUAAUAACCCAUCCUGUCAUACCACCUUAUAGUCAAAAACCAAACUGAGCUGAGUGCCAGCUAUUAGCAGGAGAGCUCUAAAUCACUAAUGAUCAGAAAUGAGGAAAUAAACCACUAGAAAUCUCAUUCAGUAUCUGCCCUGCUUCCUAUGCUCUUCACUGUGCUGCCCACAUGGGCUUUUAUAUGGCCUCCUAUGGCCAUUUCAACACUUUUUGCAGGUAUUUGACCCAGACACAGACAAGGGUUUGACCUAGGUUUGGUCUGUGUAAGUGAUGUGCCUAUAAAUAUGUCUAUCAGUUUUGCAUGUUUCGUACCUGAUUGCAAGAGCAGAGCAAGGCUGAUUAGAAUGAGGAAUGAGAGGUGUCAGUAUAAGAGAGGAAGGGUAUAAAACGUGAAAUGAGGAGUAGGACAACUUGAGAGAAGUUAUGGAUGAUGAAAGGACACAGUGAAGGAUUGAGUGUAAAAAAAGUUUAGAGAUUAAAGAAGCCAACAGAUGAUGGAUUCUACCAGUCCACAUGCAAGAUGCUGAUAAUGGGGGGAUGAAAAAGAGAUUCUGGUAAGAGCUUGUUGAUGUUGUGGUUCAGCUUUUUGAGGGAGCUGAAAAACUUCAAGCUGCAGCUCAAAAGAGCUUCAGGGUCUGUGAUAGAGUGAGUGAGCAUUUCUGCCCACUUGUGUUCUUCAAACAGGUGUUAGCUCCCGCCUCAACCAUUGCAGAUUCCUUUUUUUUUGUGUGUCAAUACUAAUUCCAUAGGUUGAUAAAAAACACAGCUGACAAAAGCAUCUCCAUCACCCACCACUUUGUUUGUAUGGCCACCUCUAUAGAUCCUCUGAGUAGAUUCCCAUUACAUGAGAAUUUUUGUUCUGUGACUUUUGAUCAUCAUCAUCAUCAUGCUCCCAAGCAACCAUCUCCCAAGCAUUUCUGCUCCUGACUAAUACCCUUUUGGCCACAGCCCAUUCUGUUGGGUAUCUAAAGCCUCAGCAGCCUUAGUGGCAUCCAGCAGACACACUGCUCUUUCCUGAACUAUCUUUCUGCUGCCUAACACAUUGCUCUGUGCAUCAUGGGUUUAUUUCAUAAUUUUUGCUUCACCUCAUACAGCCUCAGCAGCUCUCUGCGGCCCACUGGUCAGUUCCCAUCCUCUACUCCAUUCACUGCCAACAACACCAACCUCCAUAGCAUUUUAAUCUUGUCCCACAAGGCAUUUCUAUGCCUUCUCUACAGUCUGUCAUGCUGGGGAAAAAAACCAGUCUGCUCAUUGCACCUCCACCCUCACCUCAUUGAAAUUAGUGCUAACUACUUAGUUGUGCUAUAAAACCCUGGAAAAACAAGAGGGAGGACUGGUAACAGAAAUCAGAAAAGAAUCUCCCAACCUUACCCUGUUAUCAGCAGCACCAAUAUGUGUCUGUGGAUUAGCAGCUCACUUCAUGAUCUUUUAGUUGGCACCUUAGUUCUUUCUCUUCCUUCCCCAUCUGUUUUUGGUUUUUCUUUCUUAGUUCAGGCUGAAUAUAAAUUACACUCCUCAGCAGAGAGACUAUAUUUUUCCAUUUAUUUUGAAUAGUGUAGCACAUUUCUGAAUCUUAUUUUUAAAUAUAGUUUGAAGCAUGAAAAUAAUUGUUAAUAAUUUUGAAGAGAGAAUACCUUCGAAGUUGGUGGCAUCUCCCAAUGAAAACAUUGGGUUUAUAUGAAAAAAUGUAGAGGGAGGGGAGUGAGACAAUAGAAGAUUUGUACACACACUGGUUUAGAGGGAAGUGUGGCAGAGGAAAUGCUAUAUAGCCAAACACACAUAGUAUGAACUAAGAAUUGAUGAAACCAGUGGCAGUAAGGGAGAUGUUCUGAGCGAUCCGUAAUCUAUAAAACUGCAGCUAAGAGAGCAUUGGCCUGAUCUUUAUUCCUUAUCACAGAGCUUGCAGUUGCUUUCUUUCAGCACGAAUAACAUUUUUUCAUCUAGAAAAUCCCAUUCUAGGUUUCUGCUCUUCGUUCACUUGUUACCAAAUUAAAAUCCUAUUAAACUUCACACCUGCAGUGGGUUUAUCUGCAGAGCACUGUGCUGUAGCUUUUAAUCCAAUUCCACACCUUCGUAACAUACAAUAUACUGCAAAUCAGGGCACGAGGAGACUGAGGGUAUGCUAUUCCUAGCUCUGUUAGCAGAGAGCAAAUCAAACACUUUGAUUUGUUAAAAAGGGAGGAAAAAAUAGGACAUAGUUAACUAUCUGACAUAUAGGAACGGUAAGUGUUCAUCUGAGUGGUCUGUAUAAGCCAGGAUACAGAGAUCAAGCGAAAUCAUCAACUAAAAUGAUCAAAAAAUUAGGGCAAAAACAUGACCCUAAUUGAAUUCAGUGUCAAAACUUCUGCUGAUUUUAAGAAAGCUGGAAUUUCAGCAUGAAAAGGCAGGUCCUGUCAGGACAGAGACAGGCUGAGACUAUUUGUUUUGAAAGUGAAUAGAAGGGCUCAUAGCAGAAAUGUAAAGUGUGAAUGACAUAUUAGAAGCGGAUGUGGUCUCCUGUCAGACCUUUGCCCACCUAUGGGGAACCCCAAUGUGCGCCUCCUCUUGUUGGGUUUAUCGAUGUAAAAUAGGGCUUGGCAUCUAUAAAAUCCUUUGGGUUAAACUGGAAA